AUAAAAAUACUAAGAAACUAAAAAAUUAAAAUAAUUAAAAUACUAGUUGAGAGUAGGGUUAGGGAAGGGAAGAGAGAGAGAAAAAGAGAGAGGCGAAAUAGGAGUCGCUCCGACGGACUUCACAUUUUGGCAUUGAACUGCAAUCCGGCUUCAGCUCAACAGCAAUCUAGUUUCAGUCAUGCUAGCUGCUAGACUUUUCGGGAGGACAUUCUUGGCAGCGGCAGCAAAAUCAGAGAGCUCAGCCGCUGCAGCAGCUGCUUCAUCUGCUACAAGAGAAGCCCUUAAUCCACUUGUACAGUUCUUUGAAGUUGAUAGAACUGCAGAGGACGAUAAGCCUGUUGUCUAUGGUCGAGGUUGGAAGGCUUCUGAACUGCGACUGAAGUCUUGGGAUGAUCUUCAGAAGUUAUGGUAUGUUCUUCUGAAGGAGAAGAACAUGUUGAUGACUCAACGCCAGAUGCUUAAUGCUCAGAACCUGCGUUUUCCUAAUCCAGAGCGUAUGUCCAAGGUAAGGAAGUCGAUGUGCCGAAUCAAGCAUGUGCUUACUGAGAGAGCAAUUGAUGAAGCAGAUCCAAGGAGGUCAACUGAGAUGAAGAGGAUGAUAAAUGCUCUAUAAUUUCCAUACACUCAUUCGGUAGUAGUGUUUAUAUGCCCUUAUAAUGAGUAUUUGGAUUUACCUCUCCUCUUCUAUUAGCCCACAUGUAGGAAAGUCACUUUUUUGUGUUUUGUUCAUGAAUUGACAAAUUUCGUCUCUACACAACUGUCCUGACAUUUAUGAUGGCAAGCUCUGUGAACUAGUUCAGUAGGAUGUUAUGGAGAUGGCAAUUUUGUUUAAAAGAUUGGAUGCUGAAAAUAGAAACCAAAGCUGUGUAUGUCUGUGUGGGUGGGUUUGUUUGUUGAUACAUGCUUGUGAAAUAGUGCCACUCUAGUUAACGGAGGUACCUUAAUUAGUUUGGUAAGGUACUAGUGAAAAUGUUAUUGCUGUAAUUAAAGGGUGUGCAACAACACAUGUUUGGGGAGCUGCUCUAGCUGAUAUUUACCUCAUUCAAUGGCACAUCCUACGUUGCUUGCC